GCCAAUCACCAGCUUCUUAUAAAGCACAACAAGUUCAAACCAAACAUAUUAUAGUCUUCAGCGAACUUCCAACUACUACUUUUCUCGUCAGAGAUAUGAUAAUCUUUAUUUAACAACCGUUUUUCUCGUCAGGGCUAUGAUAUCACCUGGAGAAAAUUUUGAAACCCAGACAUGUUUAUUCAUCCAAUUGCCAUAAUCUUUAAGCCACAAGACUUUUUAACAAACGCUUUGUUGAUAUCACAAUAAAUUUUCCUCUUAUUUGUAGAAAAUUUUGAAGAUUAGUUAGCAUGUCCUGUACUGUAUUGCAACAAUACUUUCCUCUUCGGGCUUUCCACAUUUUGUGGAAAAUUAUCUGAACGUUCUAAGAUUCAUACCAAUUUAAACCACCUUCCUAACGGCUGUGAAAAGAUUCAAUCAGACCCCAACAUCAUCGCAGGAAGGGUAAUUGUCGCCUAUUUUCAAUCUGCUGGCAAUUGUAGGAAUUUCAAGGCUUUUCAAAUAGUUACGUUGUUGGAAAAGUAGCCAUGGAGGAUUCGAUGAAGGCAACGAGUGCUCAUUUUUCAGGAUUGCUUUUAGAGGACCAGCCAUCUACUACUUCAACAGUUAUAGACGCACAGAAAGAACCUUUUGUUAUUGGGGUUGCUGGUGGUACAGCUGCAGGGAAGACUACAGUUUGUAACAUGAUCAUUUCUCAACUACGUGAUCAACGUGUUGCUCUUGUGAAUCAAGAUCUGUUUUAUCGUGUUUUGAAUGAAGAAGAGUUGAAGCAUGCUCGUGACUAUAAUUUUGACCACCCAGAUUCAUUUGACAUGGAGUGUCUACUUGAUUGCAUGACAAUGUUAAAGCAAAGGAAGUCAGUUGAUAUUCCUAGCUUUAAUCACAAGCUUCAUCAAAGAUGUGCACCUGUCCGCAAGGUGAAUUCAUCUGAUGUUAUCAUAUUAGAGGGAAUUUUGGUUUUUCAUGAUCCACGACUCUGUGAAUUAAUGAACAUGAAGAUUUUUGUUGAUACAGAUGCUGAUGUACGGCUUGGAAGGAGAAUAAGGCGUAAUAGAGUGCAAGAUCAAGAUAUGAGAUCAUUCCUCGAUAAGUAUUACAAAUUUGUGAAGCCAGCUUAUGAUGAAUUUAUAUCACCAUCAAAGAAGCACGCAGAUAUUAUUGUUCCUCAUGGAGGAGAUAAUCAUGUUGCCAUUAAUUUGGUAGUGCAACAUAUUCGGGUGAAGCUUGGGGAACAUGAUUUGUGUAAAAUAUAUCCCAAUCUCUAUGUUAUUAACUCCAGUUUUCAGAGAAAAGGAAUGCAUACAUUGCAAUAUCGUAAUGAAACUUCAAAACGUGAUUUUGUAUCAUAUGCAGAUCAGCUGAUUCGUGUGGUUGUUGAACAUGGUCUUGGUCAUCUUUCAUUUACAGAAAAGAAAGUGAUCUCUCCUACCGGAUCACUACAUAUUGGAGCUGACUUUUGUGAAACACUAUGUGGUGUGUCAAUAAUCCGAAGUGGUGAAAGCAUGGAGAAUGCAUUACGAGAAUGUUGCAAAGGAAUUAAAAUUGGUAAAAUUUUCAUUCAUGGAGAUGGUGACAACGGUAAUAAACUGAUAAAUGAGAAUCUUCCAAAGGACAUUUCAAACUGUCAUCUGCUUCUCUUGGAUCCAGUUCUUGCAACAGGAAAUUCAGCUGUGCAAGCUAUUCAGUUGCUGCUGGAGAAAGGAGUACAAGAAUCAAACAUCAUUUUUCUCAACCUUAUAUCUGCUCCUCAAGGAAUACAUAUGGUCUGCAAGAAGUUUCCAAUGCUUAAAAUUGUGACACUGGAAAUCGACAUGGCACUUAAUGAAGAAUUUCGAGUUGUUCCAGGAAUAGGAGAGUUUGGAGAACGUAAAUUUGGUACAGAGGAUGGUACCCAAACUGCUUUACGUAGCACACCCGAUGCAAAUGAAACCGAUUCGUCAGUCUGAACUACCAACCAAAUUUCCAAUUCUGAUGUUUUUUUUCUAAGUUAUCUUGUAAGGGUCAGUGGCUAAAUGCUACUAGUAAGUUUACUCGUCACUUUGCCUUGGAGAUUUCUAACCAGCCUAGCUACAAAAUCUCCCUUCCCUGCUGCAUCCUUCAUAGAAUUUUAAAUUAUAACAAAUUGGCAUCGAUCGCCUAGCAAGGCAAGUAGCAUUUGUUGUGAUUUGAUAAUAAUUACUUCUUAUCAAAGUUCAUCUUGAUUUAUUAGAUUUAAAUUUUUUAUCCGUUGUCAUUCAAAUAUACCUAUUUGAGGAUUUGCAUAAAUGUGACCAUUUCCCCAAUGACAAACGUUUAAUAUGAUAUGAGAACAUGUAUGUUGCUCUUUA